UCCUCGCGCCUUGGGAAAUAUUAAACUUACUAUAUAAACCCGUGGAACGAUCCGAGAUCAUCAUUAACGGACGAGUGCUCCUCACAAUAACAGCUUUCGUUGACAACACAAAUUACAGAAACAAUGUAUUGCAUAACAGGCUUACUGGUGGUGGCGACGUGCGUGAGCGCAGCAUUCGCCUUGCCGCCCUGCACCUGCACCAGGAACUACCGGCCGGUGUGCGGCUCCGACGGCAACACCUACAACAACGAAUGCCUGCUCAACUGCGAGAGACACAACAACAAACGCGAGCUCACAGUCGCCAAGCAAGGCUCCUGCGACGAAUUGCCCGCUGACAACUGCGUGUGCACCUACGAAUACUCCCCCAUAUGUGGAACUGACGGCACCACAUAUCCCAACAAAUGUACUUUCGGAUGUGCUCGAUCUCAGUCACCAGCUUUGAAGUUGCGUCACGAAGGUAGAUGCAAAAGGGACACGGUUCAAGUGGCCCACCUGGAGCCAUGCACGUGCACGCGCGAGAUGAAGCCGGUGUGCGGCAGCGACGGCGCCACCUACAGCAAUCCUUGCCUGCUUAACUGCGCGACGCAAGCCAACCAUCAGUUGAGCGUGAAGCACGCAGGCCCGUGCGAGGACCGCGUGCAAGUUGUUGACCAGCCGGAUCAGAGCUUGUCGUCGUGUGCUUGCACCAGGAACUUGGCACCAGUGUGCGGCAGCGACGGCGUUACAUACAACAACCCGUGCCUGCUCAACUGCGCAACCCAGUCCAACCCCAGCCUCAGCGUGAAAUAUACGGGCCCGUGCGCAGACCGUGUGCAAAUCGUGGACCACCCGGAACAUGAGUCCGGUGUGUCGUGCGCGUGCACAAGGAACCUGGAGCCAGUUUGUGCUUCCGAUGGCGUUACUUACAACAAUAAAUGCAUCAUGCGCUGCAUGGGUGGUAAACACCUCACCGUCGUGCGCCACGAGCCUUGUGAACAUUGAUCUAAUCACCUACUUAUAAGUUAUACCUAAGACUGUUUGGCGUUAAUAUAAUAUUUUGAAUUAAGUUGACGCGAAGAGAUAUUUUGUAACGGCGUUUGUAGUCAUUGUUGUUAUUUAAUAAAUAUUUAUUUUAAUUAA